AUGGCAAGAUUCUGCCAUUCCUGUAUUUCUGCAAGUUUAAAGAAUAAUGCAUCGAUGUGCCCUUAAAGCUGUGCUUAUCUUCCUUCUGAAAGAAUUCCAGCUACUGAUAUUGCCAAGAAAAUGGAGAGCACAUACUGAAAUUGCACAGAAACUGAAACACAGGUUUGUGAAAUGAGUGAAAUGAGAGCUCAUUUAAUAACUUGUGAAAAAUAUAUAGAAAAAUAUGGACCUGUACAGGAGCUUGGAGAUGACCUAUAUUCCUGUCCUUAUUGCCAGCGCGGAGUAGAUGAGGAUGAGCUAUUGGGCCACUCUCACCACAGAUGGGAAAGGAGAGCAGUGACUCCGAUUCUCACAUCUCGCAGAAGAGGUGUUCUAGACGGGUUACAGACUGAAGGACUUGUAGACAAAUCAACCAACGCUCCCGUUUUCUGCAGCGGGUCGGAUGGGGGAAACCCACUCCAUUCGCUUUUACAUCGCAGUUGUCCAAUUUGUUGUUUAACACCUGGGAGAGAUCCAAGCUAUUUCAGCAGAAAUUUUAUAAGGCAUCUUCAACUCAGACAUGCACUCCAUUACGAAGAUCACAUAGACAUAAACAGCAUUGGAGAAGUCCUUGUUGAAAGAGUUCUGGAUGGGUCGUUCUUAGAAUAUGUGCACGUGAAUCAUCCAAACAAUGCAUAA